AUGAAAAAAUUUGUCAACUCCUAUGUCAGCCAUUGUGAAACUUGUAUUAGAUCAAAGCCAACCAAUCAAGCACCUGUGGGUCUAUUGAAACCCUUACAAAUCCCUGAACAACCUUGGGAGGAUAUAGCUUAUGACACAAUUGUUGGAUUACCAGUUUCAGAAGGUUUUGAUGCUAUUCUCACAGUCAUUGAUUGGUUUUUGAAAAUGGUGCACUUCAUUCCAACCCAGUCUACAUCAUCUGCCAUUGAUAUUGCCAACCUCUUCAUAACAUAUAUUUGGAAAUUACAUGGACUACCAAGGAGUACAGUUUCAGACAGAGGUCUGACUUUUAAUGCCAAGUUUAUCCAACACCUAUACCAAAGAUUGGACAUCAAACCUACUUUCUCCACAGCCUACCACCCUCAAACAGAUGGUCAGACUGAAUGCAUACAGAGAGAGGCUGAAAUCUUCCUUUGUAUGUUUGGGAAUCACUGCCAAUCCAAUUGGGUAUCAUUGUUACCUUUAGCAGAGUUUGCUCUAAACAAUCUAAAACAAACUUCUAAUGGCAAAUCUCCUUUCCAAAUAUGCUAUGGAUACAAUCCAAGGUUCUCAGUUGGCCAGAAAUCAGAAGAAAUGGUCCCCAAUGCAGAUGAACAUGCAGAAUUCUUAGAAAAAGGCUCUGAUGAGGUCAAAGCAGCACUUUCCCUAUCACAAGAAAGGAUGAAAUAUUUCUAUGAUCAGAGACAUAGGGAAGAAGAGGAAAUUCAAGUAGGAGACAAAGGAUGGCUUAGUCAUUAA